UUUUGUCGCUGGGAUUUUUCUUCGCUGUGGUUGGAAAACCGAAGGAAAACUGUCGUUAAAACAACGCGGUCGGUUGGAGGAGGGGGUCGCAUUCUUAAUAUAUAUAUAUAUAUAUACACAUAUAUACAUCUGCAAUCUGAAAAGCUUCGCUCCGUUUAAAGCGCCCGAGGAUGUCGGUGGCGGGGCUGAAGAAGCAGUUCUACAAGGCGAGCCAGCUUGUCAGCGAAAAGGUGGGUGGUGCUGAAGGAACCAAACUUGAUGAAGACUUCAAAGAAAUGGAACGGAAAGUGGACAUUACCAGCAAAGCUGUGGCUGAUGUCCUUACAAAAACCACAGAGUACCUGCAACCAAAUCCAGGAGGGGCUCUCCUUGAUGUCGGUGAAUCAAUGAAGCGAAUGGCCGAGGUUAAAGAUUCCCUGGAUAUCGAAGUCAAACAGAACUUUAUUGACCCAUUACAAAGUCUAUGCGAUAAAGAUUUUAAAGAAAUUCAGCAUCAUUUGAAGAAAUUGGAAGGUCGCCGCCUGGACUACGACUACAAGAAGAAACGACAGGGAAAAAUUCCUGAGGAGGAGAUAAGACAAGCUUUGGAAAAAUUUGAUGAAUCCAAAGAUGUGGCAGAAACCAGCAUGUACAAUCUUUUAGAAACUGAUAUCGAGCAAGUGAGCCAAAUGUCAGCCCUAGUGGAAGCACAACUGGAUUAUCACAAACAAGCUGUACAAAUUUUGGAUGAGCUCUCUGAUAAAUUAAAAGAGAGGAUAAGGGAUGCGUCAGGUCGUCCUAAACGGGAAUACCAGCCUAAACCUAGAAGCACGUACACAGAAUACGGAGAGGCAGACCAUCCCAAUGGAGGUUUUUCCUUCAGUGGGUCAACAAAAUCACAAGCCUCCUUCCGUUCUGACAAGCCCAGUAGGACAAGCAGCGGAUCCCCCUCCCACCUAGACCAACCGUGCUGCAAGGCCCUGUACGACUUUGAGCCAGAGAAUGAAGGGGAACUCGGCUUCAAGGAAGGUGACACCAUCACUUUGACCAAUCAGAUCGACGACAACUGGUAUGAAGGAAUGCUCCACGGCCAAUCGGGCUUUUUUCCAGUCAACUAUGUGGAUGUGCUGGUCCCGUUACCUCAGUAAACGUGCUGAACUGGACACCGAAUGCAGAUGUGGAGAGGAGACUAUCAACAUUCCUGUAUAAUUUAAAACACUAGUCCACUUCCAUGGGUUGUUUCUCACAGUGCAGUGUUACAUUGUGUGCAAAGCAUCAUCAUUUUUUUAUUUUGAGUUGACGAAUGUUAUUUUUUUCUGUGUUAACUUAAGGUGCGGCUCCAUUUAGUCUGCAUGUAUUGCAAUAUGGUUGUGCAAGAUCAGCGUUUUGGUCAUUGGAUCCUUAUGUUGACCAGUCCAGUACUGGUAAAGUGAUUGGGCUAAAAUUUGACGCUUACAUUUUAGAUGAAGUGGCUGUGCUGGUGUUAUUGUCCCUCGUAUGGUAGUGGGUAAGAUAAUCCUCCACUGCUCACCAAUAAGAUACUUUCUGUUGCAUACUUUCUGCUGUGGAGUCGUGCAACCUUAUGUCAUCAGCAACACAUUCAUUUUUAAAAGUGAUUUUAUUUUACUGCUUUUGUUCCCAAUCCACAUUAAGAUGGGGGGUUAUAUUGAAAUAAUUGGGUGGAUCCGUUAGUCAGGCACCAACCUUUCAGCUCUGGCAUCUGGAUACAUAUUCAGCACAUACUGAUGGGAUGAAAGCUUUCUCUGUCUGCUGACUAAAAGGGUCCUAAUUAAAAUGAGCUUGUCCAAGUUGAAUCUAAUUCAACAGCAGUAAAUUGGUGGUCUCAUUCAGACAGGCUCAUAGGAUGGCUGGGACGGGAUUUGACAAAUGUUGCAUUGAUACAAUAGGUGGCACUGACUAGGAAUUGGGAUCUUGGUGAAGUGAGGGGUCGAGUCAGUGUUUAACCCCUUUGUGCCCAAUGUUUGUUAUAGUGGGUCUUUGAAAUGGAAGAUGUUACAUUUUGUACACCUAGUAACAUCCAUGUAACGUUCUCAAGGAGUCUUAAGUCUGAACCUUUUUGGUUGUAUUCCUUUAUCUAACCCGCCACUGCAUUCUGCAGGUCCAUGUUUACAUUAACUACCCACUGUGGAAGACCCUGAGUUGAAGAUGUGCAUCAAAAAAGGACUUUUGUUCCUCUCUGUUUUACAUUAGACUUUUUAUGAGAAAGCCCUGUCUGCUGGUUCAUGACAGGCAUGCCUCUAGUUAGCAGGGCAAUGUUAUGGUUCUAUACAAAUUAAUCAACAAUUUCCCUAGAAUAGAAGGGGGGGGGGGGGGAAAUCUAGCGAAGAUUCUUUCUCGUGAAUACUGGCCCACUGGAUGAGAUGAAGGACAAAACAGUAUCACACUAGAAAGAAUAGCUAACUCAUUGUCUGUGAUCAGGAUUGAAGAAUAGUUGAAUGAAGUAUCUAAGGAUACCUGAUUAUCAUGGGAGUCCACAUCAGUUGGAGUCAACAAUUUGAUAGGAGGAAAAAUGGGAGUAUUUUUCAAAAUAGUUUAAUCUAUCUGUAAAUUCACUUUUCUCAAUGUUAGUUGAGAUUUUUCAGUGUUAUUAGGAUGAGCCUAAGUAAUUUCAUUCACAUGUUUAGGGACUAUUCCCAGAUUGUAAUGGGGUUGCAGUUGUUAUUCAAAAGCUAUAAAUAAUUAAACCAAUUGGUUUAUAAGUACAUGUUUAAGUAUUUCUGUGAACCACUUUUAUAUAGAAGGCAUCAAUAAUAAACAGGCAUUGAAACCAAUAAGCAAAGAGCAACAGCUUGAACCUUCCAUCUGCGAGCUUCUUAAUGCUUUGCCUUCAGAGGUUGUCCUGCAGCAUAAGUAAAUAGCUAUAAUGUAAAUGAGCAGGAAUAUAUGUAUCUGACGAUACAGGAUGUACCUUUUUGAAGUGGUUUAUUGCCUCUACACCUAAUUACAGGUGGUAGAACAUGUCCAUCUACUUGACUGCCGCAGUGCUGGUUGCUCUGGCAGUAUUUUGAUGCGUUCGCAGGUGGGUCAAACCUCAGCCCUGUUUUCUCUCCCUUCUUUGAACUAAAAUAGCCUACCUCCAAAUUGCUGGACUGUAUGUUUAACAAAAAACCUUUCUUUGAGGUCGGAGGGUCUCUGCAACUAAAAUGGCUAAAGUACAUCAAUAACUUUUGUACAAUUUGCACAUUAAUAAACCUGGUGCUAUGAAUGCCACCUAUUGGUGUCAGUGAAACAGAUCUGGCAUGGUCUCAGAUCUGUAGUAUAAGUUGGACACAAUUCAGUCUUCUAGGGGAGUGUAGACUGUAAGAAUGAUCCUGUUGCACACUUUUCAACUUUCCUGAGCCCUCGUCCAUUGCUGCUGCAUCUGACUGCUCUAUUUUGUUUUGAUUCAGAAAAGGCUAUGCAAAGUAACAAAUUCAAAUCUUAAUUAUUGUCCUUCUUUCUCCUUUUGACAAAUGUAUAGAUAACUGGAAUUAAUUUUGUCUUUGGUGAGACUUGAAUUGUCCCCAUUAUCAUUUUUACAGUUUGUGACUUUUUGGCUUUCAGUGUUUAAUAAGCAAAUUCAAGCUUUCAGGAACUAAUUCCUAUUUUCACCAUCGCGAUGUUGAUGAACUGCUACAACACGUGCUGCAUGUAUCUGGGAGAUAUUAUGCUGUAGCAAUCCCAUAUUGACACUAGCUCCUUAACACUAAUCAUGAUGUACCAUGUAACUGUCUAGUAUUUUUUGAAAGUGUUGUCAACUCAUCGUGACAUUUAGAUUUUGACCGUACCUAUACUAAUGCUUUAUGAAUUUGAUCUAUCUUUUGAUAAUUAUAAAAGCCAUAGGCUAUAACUCAAAAUAUGUAUCUUUUUUACUGUUUAAUCCUGCAUGUAGAUAUAUGUUUAGUACAAUUAAAAACUAUGUAUUGUUUUGUUUCAAUUAUGUAAAGAAUAAAUAUAAAAGCAGGUGAUACACGAGCUGGAUUUCUAUAAAUCA